CGAGAUGGAAUCUCCCAGUCUGAACCGGUUUCAACCGGUUGCGAGUUAGUUGCUUGAGAGAGGAGAGAAGGCGCAGGCACACAAUCUCUACACCACCCCGCUGGAAAAUUAUUAAGAGUAACGAAUUCAUUAGUGAAUCAAGGUUUACUUUGUUUCGUAAAAUGUUUCGGAGUAACAUAUUGCUGGGUUCGCCGCGAUAGUAGUUUUGGAAGCCACACCAGUGGUCCUUACCAGCCAGACAUCACUCACUACUGAAGAUAGUCAACGCUGCAGAAAUAGGAACUCUUUUCUAAUCAACAGUGAUACUGAAGUACUCACUAGACCUUGUAGCUUCUUUGGCAAACGCCACUCUUUUCAGUCAGAGCCUUGGACUUUAGGAGUGACAGACUUGCGACGCCUCAAGCAUAACUUCUUAACAGGAAAGCCCCACUGAGCUCUAUGCCAGCAAUUAUGACAAUGUUAGCAGACCAUGCAGCACAGCAGCUGCUGGACUUCAACCAGAAACUGGAUAUCAACCUGCUGGAUAAUGUGGUGAAUUGUCUAUAUCACGGGGUGGGACCACAGCAAAGAAUGGCACAAGAAGUGUUGACGCACUUAAAAGAGCACCCGGACGCCUGGACAAGAGUGGACACCAUCCUCGAGUUUUCCCAGAACAUGAACACCAAAUACUAUGCGCUUCAGAUUCUGGAAACGGUUAUCAAAACAAGAUGGAAGAUUCUCCCCAGGAAUCAGUGUGAAGGUAUAAAAAAGUAUGUUGUCGGCCUCAUUAUCAAGACUUCAUCAGAUGCAUCAAAUGUGGAGAAAGAAAAGGUGUACAUCGGGAAGCUGAACAUGAUCCUUGUUCAGAUCCUGAAGCAGGAGUGGCCCAAGCACUGGCCCACCUUCAUCAGCGACAUCGUCGGGGCAAGUCGCACCAGUGAGAGCCUUUGUCAGAACAACAUGAUCAUUCUCAAGCUGCUCAGCGAGGAGGUCUUCGAUUUCUCUAGUGGCCAGAUGACCCAGGUCAAGGCCAAGCACCUUAAGGACAGCAUGUGCAAUGAAUUCUCCCAGAUAUUCCAGCUCUGCCAGUUUGUCAUGGAAAACUCCCAGAACGCCCCCCUUGUCCACGCCACUCUGGAGACCCUCCUACGUUUUCUCAACUGGAUUCCUCUGGGGUACAUCUUUGAAACCAAACUGAUCAGCACAUUGGUGUAUAAGUUCUUGAACGUGCCCAUGUUUCGCAAUGUGACACUGAAGUGCCUCACCGAGAUCGCCGGCGUGAGCGUCAGCCAGUACGAGGAGCAGUUCGUCACGCUCUUCACCCUGACCAUGUGUCAACUCAAGCAGAUGUUACCCCUGAACACCAACAUCCGGCUGGCCUACGCCAACGGGAAGGACGACGAGCAGAACUUCAUCCAGAACCUCAGUCUGUUCCUCUGCACUUUCCUGAAGGAGCACGGGCAGCUCAUUGAGAAGCGGCUUAACCUCCGAGAAACGUUAAUGGAGGCCCUCCACUACAUGCUGCUGGUGUCCGAGGUGGAGGAGACGGAGAUCUUCAAAAUUUGUCUGGAGUAUUGGAACCACUUGGCUGCUGAGCUCUACAGAGAGAGCCCCUUCUCUACGUCCACGUCCCCACUGCUCUCCGGCAACCAGCACUUUGACGUUCCACCACGCAGACAGCUCUACCUGCCCGUACUCUCCAAGGUGCGUCUGCUCAUGGUAAGUCGGAUGGCCAAGCCGGAGGAGGUGCUAGUGGUGGAGAAUGACCAGGGAGAGGUGGUCAGAGAGUUCAUGAAGGACACCGAUUCCAUAAACCUCUACAAGAACAUGAGGGAAACCCUUGUAUACCUGACUCACUUGGACUACGCAGACACGGAACGAAUAAUGACGGAAAAGCUUCACAACCAGGUGAACGGCACCGAGUGGUCCUGGAAGAACCUCAACACGUUGUGCUGGGCCAUCGGCUCCAUCAGCGGGGCUAUGCACGAGGAGGAUGAGAAGAGGUUCCUGGUCACUGUCAUCAAGGAUCUGCUGGGUCUGUGCGAGCAGAAGAGAGGGAAGGACAACAAGGCCAUCAUAGCCUCCAACAUCAUGUACAUUGUUGGCCAGUAUCCACGCUUUCUCCGAGCCCACUGGAAGUUCCUCAAAACUGUCGUUAACAAACUCUUUGAGUUCAUGCAUGAAACCCACGACGGUGUUCAGGACAUGGCCUGUGACACGUUCAUCAAGAUUGCCCAGAAGUGCCGCCGCCACUUCAUCCAAGUACAGGUGGGCGAGGUGAUGCCCUUCAUCGACGAGAUCCUCAACAACAUCAACACCAUAAUCUGUGACCUUCAACCUCAGCAGGUGCACACGUUCUAUGAGGCAGUAGGUUAUAUGAUUGGUGCCCAGACAGACCAGGCUGUUCAAGAGCACCUGAUAGAAAAAUACAUGCUGCUGCCCAACCAAGUGUGGGACAGCAUCAUCCAACAGGCUACCAAAAACGUGGACAUCUUGAAGGACCCGGAGACGGUGAAACAGCUGGGCAGCAUCCUGAAGACCAACGUCAGAGCCUGCAAGGCCGUGGGACACCCCUUUGUCAUCCAGCUGGGGCGGAUUUACCUCGACAUGCUGAACGUCUACAAGUGCCUCAGCGAGAACAUCUCUGCUGCCAUUCAGACAAAUGGUGAGAUGGUGACAAAGCAGCCCCUGAUCCGCAGCAUGAGAACGGUGAAACGCGAGACACUAAAACUGAUCUCCGGCUGGGUCAGCCGAUCAAACGACCCACAGAUGGUCGGGGAGAACUUUGUCCCGCCGCUGCUGGACGCUGUCCUCAUCGACUAUCAACGCAACGUCCCCGCUGCCCGCGAGCCCGAGGUCCUCAGCACCAUGGCGACCAUAGUCAACAAACUGGGGGGACACAUCACCAGCGAGAUACCCCAGAUCUUUGACGCCGUCUUCGAGUGCACCCUAAACAUGAUCAACAAGAACUUUGAAGAGUUCCCAGAGCACAGGACCCACUUCUUCUACUUACUGCAAGCAGUGAACUCUCACUGCUUCCCCGCAUUCCUCGCCAUCCCCCCUGCCCAGUUCAAACUGGUGCUGGACUCCAUCAUCUGGGCCUUCAAACACACCAUGAGGAACGUGGCUGAUACUGGUCUGCAGAUCCUGUACACGCUGCUGCAGAAUGUGGCCCAGGAGGAAGCAGCCGCGCAGAGUUUCUACCAGACAUACUUUUGCGAUAUCUUACAACACAUCUUCUCUGUGGUCACCGACACAUCGCAUACUGCUGGCCUGACGAUGCAUGCGUCCAUCCUGGCCUACAUGUUCAACCUGGUGGAGGAGGGGAAGAUCACCACGGUGCUGAAUCCCUCCAGCUCCACCAACAACCAGGGCUUCAUCCAGGAGUACGUGGCCAACCUGCUCAAGACUGCCUUCCCUCACCUACAAGAUGCUCAGGUGAAAGUGUUUGUGACCGGGCUGUUCAGCUUAAACCAGGAUAUUCCUGCCUUCAAGGAGCACCUUAGGGACUUCCUCGUCCAGAUAAAGGAGUUUGCCGGCGAGGACACCUCGGACCUGUUUCUGGAGGAGAGGGAGGCGUCGCUUCGACAGGCCCAGGAAGAGAAACACAAGAUCCAGAUGUCCGUCCCGGGCAUCCUCAACCCGCACGAGAUCCCCGAGGAGAUGUGUGACUGAGCACCAGCUCUGCCAGACUGUACAGUAGUUCAAACAAACAAACAAAUCAACCCUAACCACAGCAAACACAACAAAACCCAAGAGAGGCACUUGAGUGUGGCGGGAGGCUGCUCCCCCUCCAAAGAGCGGGCCGUCCCACCGGAUGUUUGUUGACCAAAACAAUGCCAACAACGUGUAUAUGAUUGCCGCGUCACCCUGUGGCCCUUUUUACAUAACCUGCGUUUUCUAUGGAGACUUUUUUUUUUUUUUUUGUGUGUGUGUGUGUAAUAACGUUCCUGAACUGUUAAUCGAAGCUUCCGUUUUGCCGGUCUCAUCCCAAGACCUGCAUGAUGAGAAUGUAACGAUUAGACGACUUAACCAUCUUGUUUUUGUUCUGUUCCCUCCAACUCUCACGUUAUCACAUUUUUUUUCUUCUUCUUAACCACAGCUCUUCCCUUUUCCCUUAUAUAUAAAUAUAUUAUAUAUAUACAGUCUGAGCAGGUUUCUAUACCCGUGUUAUGACGGACAGGAAGUGGUCUUUCGGCGGUGGACUCGUCGGGUGCCCCACGGCAUUGUGGGAGAAUGUGAAUCUAACAGAUUAAUGAAUGAAGGCGGAGAGAUGCUGCUCCGUGCGUCGGCAUCGGUCGCUCAAGAGUUACGCUAAACUAAAAAAACAAGUGUGUGUGUGUGUGGCUGCUGCCGGCAUUUUUUUUUUUUUCUUUUUAGGGAAAGCAAAACCGAAUAUGUGCAUAUCAUCCCAAUUGUAUAGCAUCUUUAAUACCAUGGGAACAUUUUUUUUCUUCUUUUUUCUAUUGUUUCUUUUUUGUUGUGGGUGUGUGCGCGUGUGUGCUGUCGCCUAGUCGACAUCAGCGUUUUGUUUUCCUCUAAGAGGAUUGUUGCUCAUUUGUGAGCCUUCAUCAACGGGAUGUUUUAAGGAAGCGGCGGAGGUAUUUAUGGGUUCUUAGUUGGUUGCAUCUUUCUAACAACUCCAGUUUAACUCGGAUGGCUUUUGAGAUUUUUCGAGUUGUACUAAUUUAGAUUGUUUACUACGCGGUAGUGCUCCAAGACGCUACUUUUAGAGCAAAAUUAAAAACAAUAAAACUGGGUUUACAUUUAAUUUUGUAUUUUUGCUUCUUUUUUUUCCAGUUGUACCUUGUUUAAGUUCAGUCCGAAUAAAACAAAUAGGCAAUUUUUUAUAAUUUUCUUUGGGGUCCAGAGAGGAAAUGAAUUGCCAAUGAGUUUAAUUAGGAAAAGAAUGUAUAAAUCCAAAUAAACACCCAAUCUCUAAUGGCAAAUUCCCCUUCUCGAGGCGUUACAUUUGUUGUGAACUUUUUGAACUUAUUAAAGCUGAGAAUUUUA